GUUCGAGCCAGUAGGGGAUUUUACCAUUUUCUUCGACUUCCGUCGCGGGAAAAGCUAUGCAGCACAAGACAGUUUCACGCUCCAGACUUUGCAGCAUCACAAAUUCUACUCCAGAUAUAUUGUGAGCUACAUACUAGGACGCAAUGCAGAGUACAUGUAACUCUCGAAUGAAACGAGAAAUUGAGAUGAUGAAAAGGGCGCCCCCUCCUGGCAUAAGUUGCUGGAUGAAAGAUGAUGAUGUAACUCGACUUGAAGCAAAAAUUCUUGGUGGUGAAUCAACACCAUAUGCUGGAGGCGUCUUUAAAUUAGACAUUCAUAUACCAGACAGAUACCCGUUUGAGCCUCCGAAGGUGCAGUAUGUAACUCCCAUCUAUCAUCCAAAUAUCGAUACGAGUGGAAGAAUCUGUCUGGACCUCCUGAAGAUGCCUCCCGCUGGUAACUGGAAACCAAGUCUCAACAUCUCUACCAUGUUGACUUCCUUGCAACUCUUGAUGGCCGAGCCUAACCCUGACGAUCCGCUUAUGGCCGAUAUUUCUGCAGAAUUCAAGCACAACAGAGCCGUGUUUGUGGAGAAGGCUAAGCAAUUGACAAAGACACAUGCUACACAAGAUAUGCAACAGACAUCUGUAAGCAAAGAUGACUCGUCGGAGGAAAGCAGCUCGGAGUCAGACUCGGAAGAAUCAUCUGAUGAUGAAGAGAACAAGUCAGCCAAUCAGAACACGUAUAUUUUGAAAUCCUCCAAUCAGAACUCUUCUACUAAGAGCAACUUGGUAGAAAAGACAGAACUGACCAAGGAGAGAAGAGGAGAGAAACGAUGUCUGCAAGAAGUCAAUGGGGAGUCGCUGCCUUCUAAAAAGAGCGAUGUGGUAUCUUGAAAUAGAAAAGUGAGAUUGAAAGAUUCACAAGGAAAGAAUUUUUGACAGAAUCUUUGUGGAAAUCGGUGUACUGCGAGUAAUGGACAAAUUAAAGAAGUACGCCGCCUUGUGUUUAAUUGAACAAUGAAGAUAUUCAGUAACAGGAAAGAACAUGGAUUAGCAGUAGAUCUACAUGUACUCCUGAAAUUUAAGGAAAACUUGUGUUUAGAUGAGGUUUGUAAUCACUUUGAAAGAGAAAAACUGUGAUCAAUGCAUGGCGUUGCGUACACUUUGUUCGACCAAUCUAUUGUAUUUGGAUUAACGCAGAAGGGUGACAUCACAAUAAUGGCACAACUUAACGCAAUUUUAUUAUGAAAUUUUCAAAUUCCAUUGGGUCUAAGACCCGAUCUGCCAGUUAUGGGAAUAGUUGAUUUUUCAAAUUGCACAUGUAACUGUUUUAUGUAUAAGCAAAACUUUAAAAAUAGUCAUAACAUUUUUUAUUUGAAAUCCCAUUUUGAUGAAAUUCAAAUUAAUUUAUAUCACAUCUCUAAAAACAAAUAAGGCGCAAUACAUUGAGAUUAAAUUAAUUAAGUGAUUCCAUAAUAUUGUUCUUGGAUUUAUCCCAAAUUUUCUGCAUUUUUCUUUUAUUCAUUUCAUUUUUUUUUCUUGGACUUGCCCUUUAAGUACCGGUAAGUUUUGGUCAUUGGGAUGGGGAUUUCAUCAUUGUUCAGUUCAGAUGACCUCAAUAGGUUGUCACAUUUAUUUAAAAACUGAAUUAUAAGGAUAUUAGAGUCAGAUAGCACAGAUCUCUCCUUUUUGUUUUAAUACUCUACUUCCUUUUUCCCCCUCUCUUUUCUUUUAUUAAUUACUUGAAAAAUUACUGGGGAGGGGUUGUCAACAGCCUUUGGCCUAGUCUGCAGACCCUUAUUGAACUUUGAUCAACAGGCGGGUCUUCACACUAAGACUAGCGAGAGGGCUGUCAGUCCACAAGUCCUUAUAGGCUGCACAUUCAGACCCCUUAACUCAAGUGAAGGGUUUGCACAGCAGACUAGCACUGACCCUGGUUAUCCCUAGUCUGAUCCCUUGAACAAACCUCUCGCUCAGCUUAAGUAGUCUGAAUAUGCAGCCUAAGGUCCCUGCCAUUGAAAUAUUGAAACAGCAACUUUUAUUUGUGCUAGUCUUGUGUGAAGACCUACUUGUUGAUAAAAGAUUCAAUUAGGGUCUGUGCCUGCAGACUAGUUUAUCCCUAGAUAGGGAAUGAUACAAGCAUUUUUUUUACUGUUUGGUCUUGAAUGCAGGCUAAUAACAUGACAAAGAUCUGUAAUGGGAGAUAGGACUCUAUGGAAACAUAUCCUGUUCUAUGUGACUAUUCAGGGUUUACCGACAAGAGUUAGUUGUGGUAUGACUAGAGUAGACUCUGUCAUGGUUUCAGUUCAAGUAUAGAUAUGAAUGUACAAUACAUAAUACAUGUUCAUUCUGUAAACAUGUAAUAAUUACAGAUGUGUUUUACAUGUUACAUACAUGUUGAAUUGUCUCUUUUUGAUUUUCAUUACCUGUAUUAUAUUUAUGACAGUAUUUGAAAAGCUUGAGUCCAAAAGGGGCUAAACCAGUAUUGACCAAAAUUGAUUUUUUUGAUAUAAAUAUAUGUAUCUCGGACCUGGGAAUCAAAUGCACCGUAUCGCAUUUGAAAAAAAAAUUGGGGAAGAUUGGUAAAAAUGUUUCUACUUUAAUACAUAGUCAUGCAUUCAAAUUUUUAGGUACAUGUACAUGUUGUGGAUACAAGUUCACACCAUCUGUGCAAAUUUUGAUGAAAAUAACAAUUUUAUUAAAAUUAUUUUGGAUUUAGCUCCUUCAACACCGAAAAGGUACCGUCCUCAGAAAAGAUGAAAAAAUAAUAUUUUUUCUUUUUAAAAUUUUCAAUGGAUAAACAACAGAUAUGAUGUAAAACAGUCAGACCGCAGGUCCCUAUGCUAAUGAGCAAAAAGGCCAGAUUCAUCCAAAUCAUCUCGUGGCUGAAUCCUCCUCCUUGCAAAAUCUCGUGAUUCGUGAGAUUUUCUUUCUCUAAGAAUUUACCUGUUUUAAUCUCAAGUUAAAUGAAAUAUUAUUGCACCAUCAGAUAGAGUAAAAGUUACUCUUUCAUAUUGGUCAUUUAUUUUGUAUACAAUAUUUUGUUAAAUAAGUAAAUUUCUGGCCUGAAAAUGUGCUUCAAAACUGAAUUUUCUUCCUCUGUUUUCUUUUGCAAAUUGUGCAAAACUUUUUAUUUUGAGCCUCAAUGAUAUCUAUAUCACCAUAGAGCUGAACUUCUGUACUUUCUCACAAUGCCACUCUUGAUAUGCGGCACCUUUUAAUCGGGUCAAGAUCACACUUUUCCCACCAAGGUACAAGACGAGAUUUCUGAAAUUUUGUACUUGCAUGAAAUCCAGAGUUCUGAUUGGCUGGAUAAGGUUCACAGAACAACAGGCGCGGGGUAUUUGAGGAGAUUACCACAUGGGAAGUGUGACCUUCCCACGAACCCAGGCACUGGAACCGUUGGAAUUUGCCAUUGUGUGGUCUUUUUGACCAAUCAGAGUGCAGUAUUCUUGUUUUCAAGCUGCUUUAUGUACUUGGCAAAUGAAAAGUGUGAUCUUGACCCGAUUAAACCAAUUCUUAUUUUGAAACCUAUAUCAUUUCAAAGUAUACAUAUUCAGCUUUAUCAUGAUAUAAAAAUCAUUUGGGCUCAAACAAAUAUAAAGUGUGAAAAUAGCAGCUUUUGUCAGGUGAAAAUAUUUAUUUUGUAGCAUAUUUUAGAUCAAAAUUUUAACCUAUAUUACAAAAUCUUUGAAUAAAUCCAAACACAUGACCUAAAAGAAUGAUUCUUCUUCUUUACAAUGGUACCAAAUUCAUGAAAUUCGAUGCACAAUUAGAGCAGCAAUGACCGAAUGAAAAGAUGUGUUUUGGUCCGCAUCAAGCUCAUUAAAUAUGCAAAACAUCUCAAGUCAUGAAUAUCACUUGGAUGAAAGAAGCCACUUUCUUGGGACCUGCAGUCUGACUGAAAAUGUACUCUUUAGAUUUGUGUUUCGUGUUCCAUUUUCAAUGAUAAAUGUUUAAAAAGGCAUAAAUUGACAUUCAACUAAGCCUCCUUAAGGAGCUAAAUCCAUGAAAAAUAAAAUUUCAAAAUAUUAAAAAAAAUUGAAAUUGAAUACUAGAUUUUUAAAAUCAUGAUUAAGUAAUCUGAAAGAGCACCAUCAUACACAUAUAUAUCAAAAUAAAACAGCUGUGGACAAGGGAAAGUGGUGAAUUAAAAAAACCUUGAUUUACAGAAAAACACUAAUAAAAGUGGAUUUAGCUCCU